AUGUCACUUUCCACGGCACGUUCCUUCCUGUCGGAAGCUGGCUAUGGGGAGCAGGAACUGGAUGCUAAUUCGGCUCUUAUGGAGCUGGACAAAGGACUACGCUCGUGCAAAUUGGGGGAACAGUGUGAAGCCGUCGUCCUUUUUCCCAAACUCUUCCAGAAAUACCCCUUUCCCAUCCUUAUUAAUUCAGCCUUUCUGAAACUCGCGGACAUUUUUAGACUGGGGAACAACUUCCUGCGUCUGUGCGUGCUGAAGGUGACACAGGAGAGUGAGAAGCAUUUGGAAAAGAUUCUGAAUGUAGAUGAGUUUGUGAAAAGAGUUUUCUCGGUCAUCCAUAGCAACGACCCUGUGGCCAGGGCUAUCACUCUCCGGAUGCUCGGCAGCCUUGCCUCCAUCAUUCCGGAGCGGAAAAACGCCCACCACAGUAUCCGGCAGAGUCUGGAUUCCCACGACAACGUGGAAGUGGAGGCCGCUAUCUUUGCCGCUGCCAGUUUUUCUGCCCAGUCAAAAGACUUUGCGGCAGGAAUUUGCAACAAGAUCAGUGAGAUGAUUCAGGGUCUGGACACGCCAGUGGACCUGCGGCUGAAGCUGAUUCCCAUGUUACAGCACAUGCGUCAUGAUGCCGGUCUGGCCUCCAGCAGCAGAGAGCUUCUCCAGGAGCUUCUGGCCUCGUACCCCUCCACACCCAUGGUCAUCGUCACCCUACACACCUUCACACUGCUGGCCACGUCCUCGCUCAUCCACAUCCCUCAGCAGAUCCAGCUGCUGUUGCAGUACCUGAAGGACGACCCACGCAAGGCCGUGAAGAGGCUCGCUAUCCAAGACCUCAGGCUGCUGGCCAAGAGGGCCCCUCACAUGUGGACCAGGAAGAAUACACAGGUGCUGUGUGAGUGUGCUCUCAGUAGUUUGUAUGACAGUCUGAAGUUGGGGAUGGUCUCUGUGCUUUCCACCCUGUCUGGAACCAUCGCUCUCAAACAGUACUUCAGUCCCGUGCCAGGCGAAAGCUUCACCCCCCCUCGUUUCACUGAUCUAGUCAAACUGGCGCAGGAGUGCUGUUACCAUAGCAACCUGGCAGUGGCAGCCCACGGGGUCACGGUUCUCACCAACAUCGCCAUAUCGUGUCCGGAGAAAGACCUCAUCCAGCUGGAACAGGACACGGUGAUGGGAAUGGAGUCACUGCUGCUGCUGUGUUGCCAAGACGACAGCGGCGUGGCCCAGACCACUCUGAAGAUGGCGCUGGCCUCUCUGGUGAAGCUGUUGAAAAGUCGUCCUCAUCUGAGUCAGUCUUCAGUGGAGUUUUUGUUGGCUCAGCUGCACUGUGCCUGCGACCCCGCCCGCGUCCUCAUGUGCCACGCCCUGGCCGCCAUCGCCACCCAGUUACCCAUACUGGGAGAGGGCAUGCUGGGAGAUCUGGUGGACCUUUACCGGAUGGCUGGACAGUCGGCCUCUGCCAGGCAGCAGGAGCUUCUGGUCUCCUUGGCAACGGUGGUGUUUGUGGCCAGCCCGUCGUCCCUGUCGGCCGAGGUGAAGACGGUGAUCAAACAGCAGCUGGAGAACGUGGCCAACGGCUGGACCGUGUACCGGAUCGCACGGCAGGCCUCCCGCAUGGGCUGUCACGAGUUCUCCAGUGAGCUGUACCAGAGCCUGCGGACCCGCGUCGCCUCCGAGCAUUUCUACUUUUGGCUGAACAGUCUGAGGGAGUUCUCUCAGGCGGAGCAGUGCCUGGACAAGCUGAGAGACGGAGACUACAGCUCCGCCAUCAGCGCCAUUGCCCAGGCCCUCCGCUCCUAUCAGAAAGGCUUCGCCUCGCUCACGGCGGCCAGCACUCCGUUGAGCCCGUUGACGUUUCAGUGUGAGUAUGUGAAGUUGCGUAUAGACACGCUGCAGGCCAUGUCUCAGCUGCUCUGUACCUGUAACAGUCUGAAGACCAGCCCCCCACCAGCCAUCGCCACCACCAUGGCCUCGUCCUCAGGGAACGAACUCCAGCGCUGCGGACGCAUCUCCACACAGAUGAAAGUGUCCAUGGAUGAGCUGCGUGGUCUGGCUGCCCGUUACGCUGACCUAUACCAGUCGUCAUUCGACGCUGACUCUGCCACCCUACGCAACGUGGAACUGCAGCAGCAGAGCUGUUUGUUGGUGUCGUAUGUUAUUGAGGCUCUGGUCCUGGACCCGCUCACAGCCAGUUUUCAGGAGUACGGCACGCUGGGCGCCGUGCAGGCGGAGACUGAAUACGAGCGACGGAUGACGUCCGUGUUCAACCGCGUCCUGGAGGAGGUGGAGUCACUGAGCAAAAAACACCCCCCCGUCUCUUACCUGCACACUGCGUGUCUGUGUGAUGCGGUCAUUGCUCUGCUGAAGGUGCCUCUGUCUUUCCAGAGAUAUUUCUUCCAAAAGCUCCAGUCGACCAGUAUCAAACUUGCUUUGUCUCCGUCGCCACGGACACCAAAUGAGCCAAUCCCUGUGCAGAACAGCCAGCAGCUGACUCUGAAGGUGGAGGGCGUGGUACAGCAUGGCUCCACCCCCGGACUCUUCAGAAAGAUCCAGUCUGUCUGUCUGAACGUGAGCUCCACCCUCCAGGGCAAAUGCGGACCAGACUUCAAGAUUCCUCUGGAUUCGAAGACCAAUGAGAUUGAGCGACGUGUGGAGCCCCACAAUGAUUACUUCAGCACGCAGUUCCUGCUCAACUUCUCCAUCCUGGGCAGCCACACGGUCACGGUGGAGGCCUCCGUGGUGGACGACAGCGGCAUCGAGUGGAGAACGGGACCAAAGACCACGGUCGCGGUCAAGUCGCUGGAGGACCCGUACUCCCAGCAGCUGCGUCACCAGCUCCAGCAGCAGCAGCAGCAGCAGCAGCAGGCUGGGUCCCAGCCCCCCCCACAGAGGAACGUCUACGGACGCUUUCAGUGA